ACGAGUCUGAUUGAAUUCAUUUCCGAUUGGAAGCGAAUCUUGCGUGAAAACUAACCGCUGCAAAUCUCUGCGUCCUCCGCUGUCCUUUUCUUCUUUUUCUCAAGCUAUUUAUGCUCCCAUUCGACUCUCUUACCCGGUGGAGAGUUCAUUAUUAUUCUCAAUCCAAAUGGCGGCAGCAGCUUUUGCUUUCUCUUCACUCUCUUUCCGUCAGCCUGUAAUUCCUUCUUCAUUAACUCGUCCACCGCUAUCGCCAAUUUACCAUCUUCGAGAAGGCAGCUGCUUUGUUUCGGCAACAGAAAUUGACUGUGCCAAUCAGAUGAGCGCAAACAGAUGCGGAAGUAGAAGUAGCAGCAGUAAAAGUACCACUCUGGUUACUGCCCUUUCUAGUGUUAGCGAAAACUCGUCUCCACCCAUAACUGCAAUUAAUGAGUUGAUUGAGUGUCUGAUUAAUCGGGUGGAUUUGUCGGAAUCCGAGGCUGAAGCAUCGCUUGAUUUUUUAUUAAAUGAUGCCAACGAGGCGUUGAUCGGUGCCUUCCUUGUCUUGCUGAGAGCCAAAGGGGAGACUUAUGAAGAAGUUGUGGGAUUGGCAAGGGCGAUGAUUAAGCAUGCUAGAAAAGUUGAAGGGAUAGUUGAUGCAGUGGACAUUGUUGGAACUGGUGGGGAUGGAGCAAAUACCGUUAAAAUUUCUACGGGGGCAUCAAUACUUGCGGCUGCUUGUGGUGGCAAAGUUGCCAAGCAAGGGAAUCGAUCGAGUUCUUCUGCAUGUGGAAGUGCUGAUGUAUUGGAAACGUUGGGGGUAGUAAUUGACCUGGACCCAGAGGGGGUAUCAAGGUGUGUGAAUGAAGCAGGAAUUGGUUUUAUGAUGUCUCCAAAGUACCAUCCUGCAAUGAAGAUUGUAAGCCCAGUGAGGAAAAAACUAAAAGUAAAGACAGUUUUCAAUAUAUUGGGCCCUAUGUUGAAUCCUGCUCGUGUACCUUUUGGUGUUGUUGGAGUAUACAAAGGAGACUUAGUAUACAAAAUGGCUAAAGCAUUGCAACGAUUUGGGAUGAAGAGAGCGUUAGUUGUUCACUCAGAGGGCUUAGAUGAAAUGAGCCCCCUUGGACCUGGUAUAGUCCUUGACAUCACUCAAGAAAAGAUUGAGAAAUUCUCAUUUGAUCCAUUGGAAUUUGGCAUUCAUCGUUGCACUUUAGACAGCUUGCGAGGUGGAGGCCCAGAUUACAAUGCAGAAACACUAAAACGAGUAUUAUCAGGGGAGAAAGGGUCCAUUGCUGAUGCACUUAUCCUAAAUGCAGCAGCAGCUCUCUUGGUAAGUGGCCGUGUGAACAGUUUAGCAGAAGGGGUAGCUUUGGCUCGCGAGACACAAUUGUCAGGAAAAGCUAUGAAAACGCUUAAUUUGUGGAUAAAAAUUUCAAAAGAGCAGAAGGCGAAAGAGGAAAUGCUUGUCCAGACUACCGAAUAAUGAUUGGCGCAUCUAAUGCAAUAUGAUCUCGAAAGUUCAUCCAAACCAUAAAAGAGAGAGGGAGAGAAAUACUAAAAAAAAAUGUAGUAUGCUGGAUAUGAAUAUAAUUUUGCAGUCUCUCCUUUUUUAAGCCGGGAAAAUUGCAAUAUUCGUGAGUAGAAAGAGAACAAAAACAUAGCAGGAAAAACCAUUUUAACUAUACAUUCAACUAUGAACUAUCCAUAUUUUGUAUCAACGUUAAAAGACACCAUUUAGUUUGGUCCAUAAGGAGACUCAUUUUAUUCUAA